AUGGGAAGCGAUCCGGGGCAGCCUGGGGGCCGCUGGACAUACAAAGAGACGGCAUGGUGCGGCCGCUGCCGCCGCCGCCAGCUCUGCCGCUGGCCUUUCAACCGCCCCGCUCAGGCGUACGCUCCACCCGGGAUCACAAGCACGCGCUGCAGGCUGACAGAGGGCCACCGCCAGCCCAUCUACUGCGGCGCCUUCAACCACUUCUCCCACCAGCUGGGCGACCUGCUGGCCACCGUGGGCGGCUGCAGGGCAACCAUCUACGCCUGCCAGCCGGGGGGCGAGCUGGAGGUGCUGCAAGUGUUCUGCGAUGCCGACUCCAGCGAGGAGUUUUAUGCCUGCUGCUGGUCCCUUGACUGCGACAGCGGCGCGCCCCUGCUGCUGCUGGCGGGCAAGAGCGGGCAGCUGGUGGUGGUGAACGCGCUGACCGGCACCCUUGACACGUGCCUGGAGGGGCACGGCUCGAGCAUCAACGACGUGGCGGCGCACCCCACCCGCCCCCAGUUUGUGGCCACCGCCAGCAGGGACCACAGCCUGCGCCUGUGGAACCUGCGCACCAGGCGAGGCGGGGGGUGCUGCGUGCUGCUGUUCCAAGGCGACGGCGGCCACCGCAACGAGGUGCUGACGCUGAGCUGGAAGGCGGGGGCGGACAGCCUGCUGCUGUCGGCGGGCAUGGACAACCACACCAAAAUCUGGUCGCUUGCCCAGCACCAGCACACGCUGGACGCCAGCGACGAGUGGCGGCCGGGAGGGCCCCGCUCCUUCCCCACCGGCCGCGUCACCAUGCCCAUCUUCUCCACAGAGCGCGUGCACUGGAACUAUGUGGACUGCGUGCGCUGGCUGGGCGACUUUGUGCUGUCCAAGUCUGUUGACAACUGCGUCCUGGGCUGGAGGCCAGACAGGACCACGCGCCAGCACGAGCAGGACGGCGACGUGCAGCUGGUACAGGCGCGCGGGUUGGCGGAGUGCGCCAACGUGUGGUGGCUGCGCUUCGCCCUCGACUACUGGUGCACGGUGCUGGCCUGCGGCACCAGCACCGGCAAGGUGCUGCUCUUCGACCCGCACGCGCAGCAGCCGCAGCCCAGGGCGCGGCUCAAGCCGCGGCGGUGCGCCGCCAAGGGCGAGCGCGCCCCGCUGGUGCGCCAGACGGCGGUGUCGUACGACGGAUCCAUUGUGGUGGCCUGCCACGAGGACGGCAGCCUCACGCGGUGA